AUCCACGCCUGCUGUUAUAUGAUCGUUAUCUUAAAAUGCGACAGGUUGUCCAAUAUUUUCUUCCUGACAACGAUAUGGAUCGAUCGCUGCCGGUUUUUAAGUAUUUUGUACAUAAAAAACCGACAAUAUACAUGAGAUAAUGUUAAAUAUUAAGAAGUAUGCCGACUAUUAGAAUACAAAAAUUUGCUGCGGGCUAUUCUCACGGAGAAUUAAUGAUUCAGCAUGUGGUAUGCUUUUGAUUGAGUUAAGAUACUUCAAGUUGACAGUCUGCAUCGCUGGCUACUUCUGCUAUUCAGUUAGAAACGUCUAAGUUACACAUUCUAUUUUCGCACCGUUCCUGUUUACGCUGGCCCCGUUUUGCAAUUUCAACGAAUACUCAGUGAUGAAGAAGCAAGCUUACAGCGAACCGAGAGUCGUAUCGCUUUUUGGCAUCUCGCUGAGUGGUCGAACAAAUUAAUAAGGAUCGACGGGACUCAAUAUUACACGCAACGGAAGACGUCUGCUUGACAUUUGGUUUCGUUGAAGAGCACGAGAUCAAGCUAAAAUAUAUUGAAGCUGAUGGAAAAUUUUGUAUCUAAAACUUUUUUCAUUUACGAUACGCAAGAAGCAAAGCUGGCAUUCCAGGUUUAAUGGUCUACAGAUUGAAACCCUACAUCAAAUGCGCCAAAAGCAAACAAAGAGGCCAAAUAUUUCUAAAUUACAUGAAUUGCAUUCACUGAAUCCUGCUUUAGUGGCUUUGAAAUUCAAAGAAAUUGGUUUACUUUCUCCUUAAAGCUGUCGUGUGUAUACCUGUGGCUAACUGAAGGAAGUGUACUACUUUUUAUAACGGAAAUCAAAAUCAAAGCUAUAUUGCAGUAUAGACUAUAGUACGAGGAUAAUCGUAAUAGUCGUGCGCUUUGUUCCCUAAAUACAUUUUAAACGAUAUUAUCAAGCGUACAUUAUCAUGAACAGCCAUACUACAUUGUUCAUUUUACAGUGGCUGUUUGCAUUCAUCGGUAUUUUGGGUAAUUGCUGGGUUAUCUUGGCUAUUUUACGCUACAGGGCCAUAAAGAGAACCUCAAAUAAAAUAUUGUUUAUCAAUUUGGCCGUCGCUGAUAUGGGAGUCCUUGUUAUCCGCAAUCCUUUCUAUUUUCUGUUGAUAUUUUCUCACAAUCGUUGGCUCUUUGGUGAAUUUGCUUGCAAAAUAUUGCUGCCUGUUUCGCUGAUGUUUAUGCCUGCUUCUGUUUUAACACUGGUUGCGAUAUGGUAUUCAAGAUGCAAUGCGAUUGUAAACAUCAAGCAGUUGAAUGAAAUAUCGGUCAGAUCUGCUUGGUUCACGGUGAUUUCUAUUUGGGCAUUUGUUGCUGUAUAUUAUCCCAUUAUCGAAAUUCCAUUGCGAAAUGUAAACACGACGGCUGAGUCUUGUGAAUUGGCAAUUUCGAAACCAGUUUCAUAUACACUUUAUGCACUUGAGGAUUUGUACUUUGUCGCCGCAUUCUUGGUAAUAAUAAUCAUGUUUAUUCGAAUGAGAAGAUCUCUGCUUAGUUUCUCGAAAGUCUACAGCGAUGAUAUAAUUGUUAAAAGAUUGAUGAAGAAUAUGAAAGCUUUGAAACUAUUAUGGCCUGUUGUGAUUGCGUUAUUCAUCUGUAUGUUGCCCCUUGCAGUUGGUCGGACGUGGCAAUGGAUCAAGGGAGGUGAAGAUGAUAUACCAUUAUUCUUUUUACACAGUAUUGAUGUUCUUUUAGUAACAAAUAGCGCCUGUAAUCCUUAUUUGUACAUCAUCGUGUCGACUGAAUUUAGAGAAAAAUUCUGGCAAAUUCCUUGCGUAAAAUGCCUUCAAACUCAUUUCGCGAAGUCGCGAUCGCCGUCGUCAGGUAGAAAGAUGUCUAAACGCGCAUUAUAUGCUAAUGUUAAGUUUGAGGAAUCAAAAAUUUAAUAUGAGAUACUUCAGUAGGUAAUUGGAAUGUCGCCAACUAUUACUAUAGGAUUUAUAAACGUAGGCAUUAAAAUCCUUCAACUUGAUGUUUACGGGGGUAGGUAACAGCAAUUAGAUGCAGAACACGACACAGGCACUAAAAACUAAAACUGUGGUUUUGCAGGUUGAUGCAUGUUAGCGGUUAUACCCGUAAAGGUCAAGUUUAAAGGUGUUUGGGAUAAUAAUGAAUAUUGAUCAUGCACUUAUGUAAAAAUGACAUAGGAACACUCACAUAGGAAGACACAUUUUGUGAUUUUAUCAAUUAUGCAUUAUAUACAUUAUGUGCUAAAAGUUAGUAUACUACUUUCAGAGGCUAUUGUAAAUUGUGUAAAUAUUUGAUUUAUAUUCAUCAUCUAAAUGCGUCUAUGCGUUUGCAAGAACAGAAUUAUAACUCGCUCUGUAUUUCGUCAUUUCAAUGGGAUUUAAAAUUAAUUCAAUCAUUCAAGAAAUGUUCACUAAUUAGAUUGAUGAAAUGUUUCUUCAUCUAAAAGCGUAUUUAUAAUAAUAGAUAUAGAUCUUAAAACACAAUGUGCGAGCAAAA